CACUUAAAAAAUGGCCAUUGGCUUGGCAAAGUAGUGUUAGUUUCUUUGUUAUGAGUGUGUAUUUAUUUCGUGUGAUAGUGAUAUUAUCUUAAAAUACUUAUAAAUUGUGAUUACUAUGUGCCUUGAAAGUAAAUCCAUAUUGAGUCUUUGUAUUAACCCGUUGAAUCUGCUUUUAUUCCUGGUGAUUGGCUCAUUUGUGUAGACCUUCCUUCCACGGAUUAAUUGCCUUCAGGAAUUGGAAUUUGGUUACUCAAUCCUAGAAUGGGUGAUCACCGUAGCUAGUGAGGCAGAAAGGAAGGAUUGUCACUUGAGUUUAGUAUCAGCUGGCAGAAUCAUAAUAUCAGCAGAAGUGCCUAGAGAGGAGGGAGGGGAGUUGUUAGUGAGUGUGUGUGAUGAAGAAGAAAGAGUGGUGUUGUGUGGUGUAAUGCGUUGGGGGGGAAGAGGGGGCCUAGUAUGGGCCAUCAGCCGCCUCCGGCCACAGCCAGCAUGAACCCCGCGUCGUCCGCCUCGUCGGGGGCGGGGGCCAAGUCGGGGGCGUCGAGUCGUUCGUCGGGCUACCACCAGAAGGCGCUGCAGGAGAUCCGCAACUCGCUGCUGCCAUUCGCCAACAGCUGCGACGGCGGUCUCGGGCUUGGCUCCAGCGCCGCCAGCACCAUUUCGACGCUCUCCACCGUCAGUUCGGCCUCCUCUAGUGCAGGCGUCGCCGCAGACAGCGUCACCGCCGCUGUCGUCCGCCACGCCUUGGCCCAGCUGCUGGCCAUGGGAUUCACCGAGGAAACGGCUACCAGAGCCUUGAAAAUUUCUGGAGGGCGAUUCGAAGCAGCCCUUGAUAUUCUAAUUAAACAACCUCCAAACGAUGGAUCAACCUUAGUCAAUGGGCCAUCCAAAGUAUCAUCUUCUGGUUUGAAACUGAUUCGCAAGCCAUCACUGGAAAGGGAGUUGCAGUGCAGAAGCAGUCCGGCGCUGGACAGCGGGGCGGGCAGUUCGCGGUCAGACAGUCCCCGAGGGGAGCACACACAACUCAGCAGGCAGUACUCGCCAGCCGGCCUGGAGCCACCACCCCCACUGCCCCCGCCACGCAGUGGCAGCACGCCGCCUCCACCGCCCCCGCCACACGCGCCCUACCCGCCCCCAAUGCUGAAGCGCAUGUCGCCGGCGCCCGUGGCCCGCGGCACUAGUCCCGGCGGCCGCCAGCCCAUGAUCGUGCAGAACGGCCCCCAGGUGCAGCAGCAGCUUUCACAGCAGAUGCAGGCUCUCAGCAUCUACUCGGCUGCCUCCGCCUCGGCCGAACCGCCGCCUCCCUACCCCCUGGUGCCUUCCCCCGCUCCCCCGCCUCCCCCCUCCUACUCGGCGUCCAUCCAGAGCCGGCAGUCCCCCACCCAGGACUACCGCAAGAGUCCGUCGUCGGGCAUCUAUUCGGGGCCCACGUCGGCCGGCUCUCCUAGUCCCACGCCCACCUCCAUGUCCAACUCGUCUUCGACAACGCCGCUGCACUCGUGGAGUGCCCGCCAGGCCAAAACGCAGCCGCCCAUCAUCAUGCAGUCGGUCAAAAGCACCCAGGUGCAGAAGCCUGUGCUGCAGACGGCCACCGCCCCUCCGCCGCCUCCCACUCCCCAGCAGCCGCCGCCCCCUCCCUCCUACGCCUCCUCCAUCCAGCACAAGCCGGUGCCCACCACGGAGCCACCCAGCUAUGCGAGCACCAUGCAGGCGUUGGCGGCACAACGUGGCGAGGCGGCUACGGUCUCCACGGUCGAGAGCAGCCAGGUGCCGCGCACUUCGCCCGCCCUCCACAAACCCCCUCACCACCCCACCACGCCGCCCCUGCCACCCACCUCCUCCACCACUGUGGCCGUCGCUCAGAACGGUGCUGCCUCCGAGCGGUAUCCGCCCUACAAGAUCGACCACGAAUCGCCCAUACCCGAGCGCAAGCACAUGAGCAAAGAAAAGGAAGAGGAACGCAGGGACUGUAAAGUGAGAAACUAUUCACCUCAGGCGUUCAAGUUCUUCAUGGAGCAGCACGUGGAAAAUGUUCUCAAAUCGUACACGCAGAGGCUGUUCAGGCGGCUGCAGCUCGAAACCGAAAUGGCCAAGCUCGGCCUCAGCGAAGAGGACCAGUGUCAGAUGAGGAAGAUGCUCUCUCAGAAAGAGUCCAACUAUAUUCGGCUCAAGCGAGCCAAAAUGGACAAAUCUAUGUUCACCAAAAUCAAGCCGAUUGGUGUCGGUGCAUUCGGUGAAGUGGCUCUGGUCAAGAAAAUCGACACCAAUCAUCUGUACGCGAUGAAGACGUUGCGCAAGGCCGACGUCCUCAAGAGGAACCAAGUGGCCCAUGUCAAGGCAGAACGAGAUAUUCUCGCCGAAGCCGACAAUGAAUGGGUCGUCAAGCUCUACUAUUCUUUUCAGGAUAAAGACAACUUAUACUUCGUCAUGGACUAUAUCCCUGGCGGCGAUCUCAUGUCGCUACUGAUCAAGAUGGGCAUAUUCGAAGAGCCGCUGGCUAGGUUCUACAUUGCUGAGUUGACGUGUGCUGUGGAAAGCGUUCAUAAAAUGGGCUUCAUCCAUCGUGACAUCAAGCCAGAUAACAUUCUCAUCGACAGAGAUGGACAUAUCAAGCUCACCGAUUUCGGCCUAUGCACAGGUUUCCGCUGGACGCACAACUCCAAGUAUUAUCAAAGAAAUGGAGAGCACGGCCGACAAGACUCGAUGGAGCCGAGCGAGGAGUGGCAGGCGGACGCCGAGUGUCGCUGCAACUCGAUGGCGCAACUGAAGCCGCUGGAAAGGCGACGGCGACGCGAACACCAGCGCUGCCUGGCGCACUCUCUGGUCGGCACACCCAACUACAUCGCGCCCGAGGUCCUCCUGCACACCGGCUAUACGCAGCUCUGCGACUGGUGGAGUGUCGGCAUCAUUCUCUACGAGAUGCUUGUCGGAUCGCCGCCCUUUCACGCCGGCACGCCUGGCGAGACACAGUACAAGGUGAUAAACUGGGAGACGACGCUGCACAUCCCAAAGGCGGCCAAUUUGUCACCGGAAGGCGCCGACCUGAUCCUGAAGCUAUGCACCAGCUCGGAGCGCCGCCUCGGCAAGAACGCCAACGAGGUGAAGUCACACCCGUUCUUCGCCGGCAUCGACUUCGAGAAGGGCCUACGCAGGCAGCCGCCCCCGCACCGGCCCCUCAUCCAGUACUCGACCGACACGUCCAACUUCGACCCGGUCGACCCCGACAAGCUGCGCAACUCGGUCUCGUCCGACUCGUCCAAGUCGGACGAGUUCAACGACAACGGCAAGCAGACCUUUCAUGGCUUCUUCGAGUUCACGUUUCGGCGCUUCUUCGACGACGGCGGCAGUUCGCCCUAUGCCAACAAGAUCAGUGUGGACGAUAAUGAUAAUCAAGGUGCGGUGUACGUAUGACGGUGACUGAAAAGUCGCCGCUCAACCUUCAGCGUCGCCACUUAUCUUUCCAACCAUGAUAACAUCGAGAUGAACUCGCAUUGUUAUACUUUAUCUCAUUACACUUGGAUUACAAUGGAUUGGCAAUAGGAAAGUCGGAUUUGGGAAGACUUUCUCAUUGGAAAAUACCAAUCUUCCUCUAAGAAAUAUACUCACGACAUUAGAGUUUUCUAAUUAUUAUCGUUGUGCUGUGCUAUGGGAAUGUUCCUAGCGCUCACUUGCACUGUAUUCAGUGUUAGUCUAUUGAGUCCACUCAAUAAUAUGUUUCUUGGCAGCAAUGAAUACUUAGAAUUUGGUUGAAAUUGAUAUUCCGUUUGGUAUUAAUUUAGUCAAUGACUGUAGUGUUUUUCUACUUUUCAUCCGUGUAUUUAGGCCCUUCGUAAUGCUUCUAAUAAUAUCAUAAGAGGUAUAAUAUUGCUUUCUCCUCCAUCCACUAUCUAAAGUCGUAUUUUACCUUUACUCCUUUAAACGGGAAACUUAUCUCAAAAUAUUAAAUUAUCUACUUCAACUUUAAAUCUAUAGGCACUACUAAAAGUAAUCCCAUUUAGGCUCAACUCUCACUAUUCGACUCAAAUCGUACGACUCCAGUCUCUCAAUCUCAACCUUAUGACUUUUUUGCUCAUUGUCACUACUUCAGUUCCAUGCUACUCCAUUUUCUAACCUUACUUUAUUAAAAAUAUAAGAUCUAAUUCGUCACUACUUAGCAUGUAACAAAGUUUAUAAUAAUUAUUACGAAUAUAUUGUCUUAUCUAAUUCUUAUUAUUGUCUCAUCUAAAAUGAUAAAACAUCACUUUCAUCAAACAUAACCUCACUUUCAUUAAAAAUGCAAGGUACGACGCAACUGAAGUCGAGGCUCGACCAACAUGUCUUGACUCAUUCUCACAGUCGCGAAUGUCGCGGAGACUAGAGUCGACUAGUCUGAGUGUCACCAUUUGAAAACACAUCCUGCGUCGAGAGGAGACUAUAGAGUCGCGUAAGUGUGAGUUGAGCCUUAGAUAAGAUGAAAUAAUAAUACCGCGAUAGCGUAGUGAGAUUUCUAGUGAAACAUAUCUAUUAAUUUUGUUUCCAUGCUCAUUCUGAAAGAGAUAGAUUUAUUUUUCAACAUGGAAAUAGCUAAAGCUAGAAAACCUUUCUUGAAACAAAAUUUUAUAUGAAGGUGAAGUCAAAUUACAUAUUGUAAUUCAAUUGAUAUAAAUAUUGGUAUAGAUGGAGGAAAAAUGUUUUUUCAAAGUUCUUAUUGUCCUUCUGAGAAAGGUACCUUCUCGAAGAAAAAAUCCCUAGAUUCACAAACAAAUAUUUCUGUUGAUACUUCAUCACCCUUCUAUUCAUUCUAUAGGUUGGCACAAGUUAUGAUCCAACCUGCUGAUAAUUCUAGUAUGCAUUAUAUAUAAUAGUAUUUGGUACUCCUCAUGCAUUACAAUUUUUGAGACACUGUUUCCUUUUUCUGUUGUAUGUUUCCACUGGGUUCAGCUUUCCUCUGAAUAUUGAAUCUAGUUAGUGUCCCAGAAGCCCCAGACUAGAAAGCUCAUCCGUAUUCUUGUUUACAGCUACUUAGCUCCGAUAAUUGUCGAGUGAGGGAGUCAAUAUCCUCACCCAACUUUUCGCUCCGGUCACAAGUGCUAUCUAAUGACUAUAAUGGAGGAUAACUCAGCUCCAACAUUGUAUGCGUCUACGAGAUAUUUCUCAUUUUCGAAUGUCCUCAAUUCUUUCUCCAAAAAUUGGUACACAUAACAGAAAUUAAUGACUGAAUCACCCUGUGAAACCGUCCUUCAAAGCUUCAUGUAGCCGCUCAUUACGAGUUUUAUAUAAGUAUACUCAUUUAUUCAUUUUGAAAACAAUAAAUUAUGUGUUUUGUAAUGAAACAAUAGUUUGCUCUGGUUGUAAAUGCUGCAAGUAUUUUUUGCAACAAGGUUUCAUUGGGGGUAAAAUUUUCAUGAAACAUGGUGAUGGGUCUGCUAAUAUUUCUUCAAGGCCUAUUUCUACGAAAACACUCUCUCUUUUGUCAAUCAUUGGAAAGCUCUUACAUGCCAAAUUAUUUUUUCAAUCAUGGUUUUUCUUCUUUUUGACUAAUUUUUAUAAUUUUUACAUUUUUUCGGAUCGCGUAUUUCCUUGACUUACUCUUUAAAAGAUGACUUGCACUCAAUAGUGUCAUAUCAUUCCAUCGCACGGAAUAACACUGUCCUAUUUCAAAUUUAAGAUUAUAUAAGAGGUUGCAAUUUGUUCGUAAUUAAAUAUUAUUACAAAUGUUGCAGCUAAAAUAUUAUCAAAGCCUGUUUACCCGUAAAACAGAAAUUUUCAUCUGAAAUCUUGUUUGCUAGAUUCAUUGCUAGUUGAAUUUAUACUCUCUUUCACUCAUUAUGUUGAAUAAUAAGCACGGCUCGAAGUAUCAGUUACAAAUACAGAAACAGCCGUUAUAAUAGUAAAGAAUUGCUCAAUUUAAUAAAUAUUGUUAACAUAAAUAACUAUUGGGAACUUUUUGAAGCUUCUGAAACUUUUUAUAAAAACAUUUUCAUUUUGGCCUGGGACUAGAUCAGCCAGGACUUCAAAUGAUGGGACCAAUGGCCCCUGCCCCCAACAUGGCACUUUUUGGACCCCCCUCCCCAAACAUGGACAUGAUGGCGAAACCCCGAUAAAAGGAUGGUUUAAAUCAUUGUGCAAUUAGUUGUGCUCUUUUAUUCAAAAAACAAUAAGAUUUGGAAUAAUUCAAUUAUCUCCAAAGGAAAUGGGGAGAAAUAAUUUACAAAAUUUUCCAUUUUAAUUUGUCAUUUUUACUCAUAGUUUACAACUACUAAUAUUGGAUUUGAACUUCGUAACUAAGUUAAUUCUUCAUCGUACAUGGUUAUGUUUUCAUAACCUAUUUAAAAAAUUUAUUCAUAGCGCAUUGUUUCAUCCAAGUAAGUCUCAUAGAGACUUUAUUUCCUUGUAUCGAUUCCAAAUCUUAGAAUUCGAUCCAUUGGUAAGAGAAGACAACUUGAAAUUAAGAUACCUGUAAAAAGCCUUUUGUACCAGUUUGGUAUUAAUUUUGUGCAAGUAUUAGCCCGCCCUGACAUUCUACAAUGAACUGUCAAGGGAAAAUGUAUGUGUCUUAUAUUGUGCCUAUAAUGUGUGAACUGUGAUUUUCAAAUUACUUGCAUUAAAAUUAGAACUGAAAUCUAGUGUACAUGAAUGAGGGCCAGAUUUACAUUAGAAUUGAUCUUUGCAAGUUUGUGAUAGAUUUUUAUAUAUCUUACCAAACUUUUAAUUUUUGGAAUGCUUUCAAUCCAAUAAACUUUCUUCCUUGUUGAACAUUGACUGUUUUCUGACUUUUAACAGAUGAAUUUCGUCAACAAAUAAUAAUUCUAGAGUAAGGUUUUGUGUUUUUGUUGUAAGUGUGAUUCAUGACGGUUUAUUAAACUAUUACAAAUAUUAACUCUGCUUGUUUAUUGGUAGGCACGAACAGUUGUGCCUCGAAUUUGUUUUGAAGACGUUGUGUAAUGUAAUUGAUUUAUAGAUUUGAAUAACUUGAGUGUAUUAUAGUUACAAUUAUUGCCUUAUAUUCAUGAAUGUGUGUAAUUAAAAACUCAAUAUAAUUUUGUCAUUAUUGUACUGUAUCAUUAUAGAGAUUGUAUACUCUGAAUCUGAUUUGUGUUUAGGAUUAUAUCCAAAGUCUGUGAUAAUUUAUUACUAGAGUUAAUAGAUUAAUAUUAUUAAAUAUAUUGUAAUGAUUCAAUUUUACUUGGCUUUAUUGUUAUUAACCAUUAAGUUAUUAUUAAUGCAUUGAGCAAUUCUAAUUUUAUUAUAAAUAUUUACUGUCAACAUGAGUAAUUAAAAUAAUGUCGUUAUUUAAAUUCUUUGUCGUUUUGUUGACAUAUGCAGGUCAAUAAAGAUACAGAACUGUA